GAAAAGUGCCAGCACAUCACCUCUUGUCAUUCAAGGAUUAUAAGGCAUCAAUAUAGUAGCUGCAUGCACAAUGGGUUUCACAUGUUGGGUGCACUGGCUGCUGCUCUGUCUGUGUUGCCAUUAUGAGAUCCAGCAUGCUGCUUGUAAACCUGCAUGGAUGUCACGGAAGUUCCCUUGUGAUGUCACAGCCUACAAUACCUCAAAGAUCGUAUUUGACUGUAAAGGCCGUCGUCUGCAUAGGGUACCUUAUGGGAUAACCAGUAAUGCUACAGAGCUCAACUUAUCAGAAAAUGGCAUCAAAAAUAUUUCAGUUAAUGCAUUUUCUAAUCUCAUGAAUCUCACUUUUCUCAAUCUCGCCUGGGCAAACAAGAACAAAGGAAUGACCAUUGAUGCGGAUGCUUUCAAAAAUCUGACAAAACUGCGUGAACUGAGAUUGAGUGGCAAUUGUCUGAGAGAAGUUCCUCGCAAUCUCCCUCUCACUUUGGAAGUCCUUGAACUAAACAAUAACAAGAUUAUGUUGGAUAACAUGAGCCUUGCCGGCUUAACAAACGUGACAAAACUAUGGUUAUCCAAAAACUGCUACAGCUGGAAUCCCUGUGGGAAAUCUGUCAUUAUUGUAGAAGACAGUUUUGCAGUUAUGACCAAAUUGCAGGCUCUGGACUUGUCCUUCAACAACUUAACCCGAGUUCCCAAAGGAUUACCCCACUCAUUACACAUGAUAAAGCUGGGUUCUAACCAAAUACAGUACAUAUCUGAAGAUGAUUUCCGUGGGCUACAUGAUUUAAAAGCCCUAAAAAUACAAGGGAACUGUCCAAGAUGUCAAAAUGCUCCAUAUCCCUGUGUUCCCUGCCCAAACAUUUCUCUUAGCAUCCAUCCUAAUGCAUUUCAUGAUCUAACACAGCUUGAGAUACUGCACCUGGGAGGAAACUCACUGACCUACCUGAAUGCCUCCUGGUUUGAGAGCCUGAGCUGCCUUAAACAAUUGUUCCUCUCAUUUAACUUCUUACAAAAACCAAUAACUGAGGAGGCGACAUUUCUAAAAUACCUUCCCAGGCUAGAAAAAAUUGAUCUCUCUUUCAACUAUGCACUCAAGAUAUACCCUCAAACAUUAAAUCUUUCUCAAGAAUUUUCAAAUCUAAAGUCGCUUAGAACUUUGCAUCUGGAGGGUUUGGUCUUUAAGCAAAUUGGACCAGGAACACUCAGACCUUUGUACAAGCUCAAAAAUCUGUCUGCGCUCAAUCUGGGGACUAAUUUCAUUUUCAUGUCUGACUCCACCAUAUUCAGCCAAUUCUCCAACCUGAAAAUGAUAUACCUAGCAGAAAACAGGCUGUAUCCCACUCCGUCGACAAGACCCCCACCUCCAAGUGACGGAUACAAUCAGAGGCCGGACCAUUCUGUUCCACCACUCUUAAAACCCCAUCCAAAAGACUUUUCUUAUGAGAUAUCACGCAGUCUCAUCAAGAAAGAGUGUUUUGACUCUGGACGGGUGCUAAUUCUCAGUUCAAAUAAUCUGUUCUUCAUUUCUCCAGAGCAGUUUUAUGGUUAUGGAAACAUUGCAUGUCUCAACCUCUCGGGAAAUGGAUUUUCAGCAGCACUUAAUGGAACAGAAUUCUCCUCACUGCCUAAUCUGACAUACCUGGACCUGUCAUACAAUAAGAUUGAUCUAGCCUACGACCACGCCUUCAACGAACUAAAGAAACUGCAAGUGCUAGACCUCAGUCACAAUCCUCACUACUUUAAGGCGUAUGGGAUAACAAAUAAUUUAAAUUUUUUAAAAAACCUGCCUGUUCUGAGAGUGCUGAAUAUGAGCCACAACUCCAUUUCCACAUUAUCGACAAAAGAAAUGCACAGCAGAUCAUUAGCAGAACUUCAGUUUGAAAAUAAUAACCUUGGGACUCUUUGGAAAGAAAGGGAUGGCUCAUAUAAAGCACUUUUCGCUAAUCUUACCAAUUUGACAAUUUUAGAUAUAUCCCGCAACAACAUUGUAAAGAUUCCAGAAAAUGUUUACGAAUUUUUGCCACGUAACCUCACAUUACUUCGCAUAAGUCAUAACUCUCUUACUGAUUUUAAAUGGGACAAACUGGAGGGUUUCUGUCAACUUCAAAUUUUAGAUCUGAGCUUCAAUGCUUUAUCUAACGUGACAGGUAUGAACUCAAACGCCACGCACACUUUGACUUUCCUCGACCUGAGUCAUAAUCAAAUUUUCCACUUGGACGAUGGCUUUUUAAGUGGUGCGAAAAGCCUUCAGACACUUAGCCUUAGCUACAACAAACUGACUGUCAUAAAUCAAUCCACCUUCCAGCCAGGACCUGAGAGUCACAUUCAAACUUUGCUUUUGUGGAGAAACCCAUUUCAAUGUACCUGUGAUUCAUUAGAUUUCAUUCUGUGGAUUGAAAACAGCGAUGUAAAGAUCCCGAGACUAACCACUGAUGUAGCAUGUGUCACACCAGAAAACAAGAGGGGUCUAGCACUGAUAUACUUUGACAUCAACCAGUGUGUAAAUGACAGUCAGGCAUUCUUGAUCUACAUUCUCACAAGUUCCUUCAUUAUUGUUUUCAUGUCUGUGGCAACAGUUGCUCAUUUAUUUUACUGGGAUGCUUCUUAUGUCCUACAUUAUGUGAAAGCUAAACUGAAGGGAUACAGUCCCUUGGACUCACCAGACAGUGCUUAUGAUGUGUUUGUGACUUAUGACACCAGAGACACACAUGUGUCUGAGUGGGUGAUGAGGAAUCUGCGGGUGAAACUGGAAGAGGAAGGAGAGAAGCAUCUUCCUCUGUGUCUGGAGGAGAGGGAUUGGCCUCCCGGAGUCCCACUGGUAGACAACCUCACUCAGAGCAUCCGCUACAGUCGCAAGACCCUGUUUGUCUUAACGGAGGGCUACGUUAAGACUGGAGUUUUCAAGUUGGCAAUGUAUCUGGCCCAUCAAAGACUGCUUGAUGAAAAUGUGGAUGUGAUCGUGCUGCUGAUGCUGGAGCCUGUGCUGCAGCACUCUCACUUCCUGCGCCUAAGGAGGAGAUUGUGUGGGAAAAGCAUUGUGGAGUGGCCAAGAACAGCAGCCGCAGAGCCCUGGUUUUGGCAAAACCUGAGAAAUGUUGUUAGAGUAGACAAUCAGGUGAUAUACAACAAGACCUACUCAAAGUACUUCAACAGGUGAAGCAGGAUAAAGAUCAAUGACAACUGUGUGGGAAUAAUUUAUAACUUGAGCUUGUUUUGAAUGUUCUAUUUCAACAUUGAUCUUUCUCUGCCUGGGACUCAAUGGAAGACAACUAAAGACAUUAUUUCAUAAUUUUUGCUGAUACAGUUACAAUGAUGAAUCUUUGGUAAUUUGUGUGUCAAUAUUACAGUACAUGAAUAAAAUCUGUGCCAUUUUCUUGA